AUGGACAACAGCCAAUUUAUCAAUCCUUUCGUGAAGGAAGAAAGUGAAAAUGAGACCGUUAAAGUUGAAGGUGAAGAAAGUGAGUAUGGCGUAGAGCAAAAAGGGUUCGACAACUCAGAAGAGAAGAAGUUUGAUACUGAAGAAUUUAAAGAGUUACAAGUGAUUUUUGAACAGAUAAAGACACAUUUCCCACCUGCCAAGAUUAAGAAAAUCAUGCAAACCGAUGAUGACAUCGGUAAAGUUUCACAAGCAACACCGGUGAUAGCCGGUAGGUCAUUGGAGUUCUUUCUUGCAUUGCUAGUUAAAAAAAGUUACGAUAUAGCAAAAUCAAAGAACUUGAAGAGAAUCAGUGGUGAGAUUAUGAAACAGACAAUCUUGACCGACGAGAAGUUCGACUUUUUGAGGGAAAACGUAUGUGGUGAGACUGCAGCAGAUAAUGAAUAA